AUGCAGCCAACUCCUUUAAGGGGUAGAAAAAGUUUAUUCGAUUAUUUGCUCUAAAGACGCAGUUUGAGUUCUAUGUCCAAGUCAAAACGUCUUAGUGGAAUAUAUAUUGAAGGAAUUAGAGCUCCUCUUGAUUCAAGAAUUCAAAAAGCAAAACAACAUAAACUUUAAAUUAAAACUGAAUAUACAGAUUAUUUUGUUUUUGAGACUAAUGAAAAAACAAGCAUUCCUCUAACUAAAAUAAGUACAUAAAGAUAACCUGCUAUUUAUAAUUUACAAUUCGCAAUUAAUAAACGACAAACUAAAUUAUAAAUGAUUGAUAGAAAACCUUGCAAAUCGUUUUAUACCCUCUAGGUUUAUUCAAAAUCUUAGGACAAAUCUGAGGUUAGAUAAUUCAAGUGA